AUGUCUGCCAGAGGAGGAAAAAAGAAGGUCACCAAGCUGUCCCGGUCAUCCCGGGCAGGGGUCAUCUUCCCCGUUGGCCGUAUGAUGAGAUACCUGCGCACUGGCACGCAUAAAUAUCGAAUCGGCAUGGGGGCACCAGUCUACAUGGCAGCAGUUAUCGAAUACUUGGCAGCUGAGAUUUUAGAGUUGGCUGGAAAUGCUGCGCGAGACAAUAAAAAAGGCAGAAUCACUCCCAGACAUAUUAAGCUGGCUGUGGCAAAUGAUGAGGAGCUGAACCAGCUUCUUCGUGGUGUCACCAUAUCAAAUGGAGGAGUUCUGCCUCACAUUCACCCGGAGCUGCUCUCCAAGAAGAGAGGAAGCCGCGCCAAAGUGGACAGCCAGCUGCCUGUUCCCGAGAAGCAAGAAUUGCGCUCCAAAAGCAGCAAACCCGUCAAACCCUCGAAAAAGGUUAAGGGCAAACGAGGGCGGAAACCAAAGAAACAGUCACACAACGACAAAGAAUCUGUACCAAACUCCACAGUUGAAGAUGGGCCAGGAGAUGGAUUUACAGUCCUCUCAGCCAAGAGCCUGUUCCUUGGUCAAAAGCUUUCUCUUACAGUGACUGAAAUCGGCAAAAUUGGCACAAUCAAGGUGGAUGCCAUAAUUAACCCAACAAAUGCAGAGAUGGAUCUUAAAGAUGGUGUAGGUCAUGCUUUAGAGAAGGCGGGAGACCAGGAAUUCCUGGAUGGAGUCAAGGAGCUACGGAAAGCACAGGGACCUUUAGCGGUGGCAUCAGUGGCAGUUAGCCAGGCCAGCGGAAUGACGGCCCGUGUCAUCAUCCACUGCAAUGUUCCUCAGUGGGGGUCAGAUAAGUGUGAGGAACACCUAGAGAAGACUGUGGAGAACUGCCUCUCGGCUGCAGAAGAGAAGAAACUCAAGUCUUUGGCUUUCCCGUCACUACCUGCUGGACGGAAUGGAUUCCCAAAGCCAACAGCAGCCCAGCUGAUUCUCAAGGCCAUCUCCAACCACUUUGUGUCAUCCACCAACUCCUCUCUGAAAAACAUAUAUUUUGUUGUGUUUGACAGUGAGAGUAUUGGAAUAUAUCUUCAAGAAAUGGCCAAGUUGGACUCCAAGUAA